AUGUUUCAGCGCCGGGACGUGAUUGGACGCCGGGACGUGAUUGGGCGCCGGGACGUGAUUGGACGCCGGGACGUGAUUGGACGCCGGGACGAGAUUGAACGCCGGGACGUGAUUGGACGCCGGGACGUGGUCUUUGUUCCCCUCCUCACCCCUCCUCACCCCUUCUCACCCCUCCUCCCCUCCUCAUCUGCUCCUCUCAGACUCAGACUCGGGAGCAGCGUCCUGGGAGAGCUGAGGCCUGACCCGAGCACAGCGAGCCGGUUAACCUCCCCGACCGGAGAAGACCCUCUCUCUGGUUCUGCAGACGCCAACGAGGGCCAUCCGCAGCCUGUCUGUCCUCACCCGUCUGCCCUUACCCGUCUGACCUCACCCGUCUGA